UCAUCGCGUACACGCCGCUUCUUGUUCAGCGGUAGUGCACUGAGAGGGGCAUUGAGAAUGGCUGGAAACGCGUGGAGGUCAACGCUGUCCCAUGCCAUGGCGAUCAUGAAGAACCGGACCCCACAUAUAAGAGCCUUUACCAAAGGGCUACACACUGUGACGUUAAUCCCGGGUGAUGGCAUUGGUCCAGAAAUCUCUGCUGCAGUGGUGAAGAUUUUUGAAGCUGCUAAGGCUCCCAUUCAGUGGGAGGAGAGAAACGUCACUGCCAUCAAGGGCCCAGGUGGCAAGUGGAUGAUUCCGCCUGAAGCCAAAGAGUCCAUGGACAGGAGCAAGAUUGGCCUGAAAGGACCUCUGAAGACCCCCAUCGCUGCUGGCCACCCCUCCAUGAACCUGCUGCUGAGGAAGACCUUUGACCUCUACGCUAAUGUGCGCCCCUGCGUGUCCAUCGAAGGGUACAAAACCCCCUACACCAAUGUGAACCUAGUCACAAUUCGGGAGAACACAGAGGGAGAGUACAGCGGGAUUGAGCAUGUGAUAGUGGAUGGAGUCGUGCAGAGCAUUAAGCUCAUCACCGAGGAGGCCAGCCAGCGCAUUGCUGAGUAUGCGUUUGAGUACGCCAGAAAUAACCAGCGGACCAGCGUCACGGCCGUCCACAAAGCCAACAUUAUGCGAAUGUCAGAUGGACUGUUUCUACGGAAAUGCAGAGAAGUGGCUGAAAACUACAAGGAUGUGAAGUUCACAGAAAUGUACCUGGAUACAGUGUGUUUGAAUAUGGUGCAAGACCCCACACAAUUCGAUGUCCUUGUCAUGCCUAAUCUCUAUGGUGAUAUCUUGAGUGAUCUGUGUGCAGGCCUGAUUGGUGGCCUCGGAGUGACUCCCAGCGGGAACAUUGGAGCGAACGGUGUGGCCAUAUUCGAGUCGGUUCAUGGGACUGCCCCUGACAUCGCAGGAUUGGACCUGGCCAACCCCACCGCCCUCCUGCUCAGCGCUGUCAUGAUGCUGAGACACAUGGGACUGCACGGCCACGGCGCGAAGAUCGAGGCCGCCUGCUUCGACACCAUCAGAGACAAGAAGGUUCUGACCAAGGACCUUGGUGGAAACUCCCAGUGUUCAGAAUUCACAGCUGAAAUCUGCAGAAGAAUACAAGACAUGGACUGAGAAGGUCUGAUGACCUUUGAGAUUAUUGUACAUGUUUGGGCUCCGCCCUAAAACACCAACCUGGCUUUAAAUCAUUCUCAUACUGAUGCACAGUUAUAACACUUACAUACAUGUAUCUAUGGAAUUAAAAUGCCCUUGCGGAAGGGAGGGGUCAAAUAUCUGAAUGUUAAUUUUUGAACACAAAAGCAGUGUCUCACACAUGGCUCUUCCUCUUUCGCUAAUUCUGUGAGUCGGUUUUGUUGUUUGUUUCCUUCCUUUAAAUAACUGGCUGUUUAUUUAUUGACUAGUUUCGGCCUUUUGUCUGACAACAAAUUUUGUCGAUCUGCUGUUUGGUCAGUGGUACCAGGAUAACAUUACAUUAAAAGUAAGCAAUAUUUUGAGUGAAGUCUAUCUUUUGUGGGUUCACAUGCUGAAGUAUGAAAACUAGAUAACUAAUUGUAUACUGUAAGUGUUUCUGUUUAAACAAGAAGCAGGUCAGAUCCACUUUGACAGAAAACUGAAAACACCUUCAUCUUUGUGCAUGUGUACUUCAGGGUUUGGGAAUUUAUUUUGAGUGGUCUGCCGACUCAACAAUAAUUAUCAACCUUUUUUUAUUAUUUUACACCU